AUGGAGAAUGAAAACAAUGUGACAGAAUCUAUUCUACUGGGACUCACACAGGACCCAAGUAUGCAGAAAAUUAUCUCUGUUUUGUUUUUAAUCAUCUACAUAGUCACCGUGGUUGGAAACCUGAUCAUUGUGGUAACCGUAGCUUCCAGUCAGACUCUGGACUCCUCCGUGUAUUUCUUUCUGGCUCACUUGUCGUUCUUUGAUGCCUGCUAUUCCUCAGUCAAUACACCUAAACUGAUCAUUGACUCCCUCUCUGAAAAGAAAAUCAUCUACUUCAAAGGCUGUAUGACCCAGGUCUUUGGAGAGCAUAUUUUUUCUGAGGCUGAAAUCAUUCUCCUCACGGUGAAGGCCUAUGACCGUUAUGUGGCGAUAUGUAAGCCAUCGCACUACACGGCCAUCAUGAGCAGACAUCUCUGUAGCUCACUGGUGGCCUUGGCCUGGGCCGGAGGCUUCCUUCACGCCACAGUUCAAAAUCUCUUCUUGGCACAUUUACCAUUCUGUGGCCCCAAUGUCAUCGACCACUUUAUGUGCGAUUUAUACCCCUUGCUGAAACUGGUCUGCUCCGAUACUCACACCUUGAAUGUGCUGGUUGCUGCUAACAGUAGUGGCAUGUGCAUGUUGAUCUUUAUCCUGUUGAUGAUUUUCUAUGCCUUCAUCUUGCACUCCCUGAAGACCCACAGUGCCGUGGGUAGACUCAAAGCUCUCUCCACCUGUGCCUCCCACUUCACUGUUGUCAUCUUCUUCUUUAUUCCAUGCAUCUUUGAAUAUAUGCAGCACACAACUACUUCAUCCAUUAUCAAGGCUGUUGCAGUAUUUUAUACGAUGAUAACCCCCAUGCUAAAUCCCUACAUCUACACAUUGAGAAAUGCAGAGAUGAUAAAUGCCAUUAGAAAGUCACUGAGCAAAACAAGCAAUCUGGAGAUGGGGACCACGAUAGUUUUGGUGGAGGGCCUGCUCAAGUAA